CAAGUUGUUUGCCUUUAAUUAUAGAUACCUUGAAUGUUAAUGAAUGUCGAAAACUAAUGUAUUUUGUGCCGUUAAAUUAAUGCAACUAAGUCUUUGAACGUACUUUCUGCGAAUUCGUUUGUAUAAGAUGGAUAAGUUUAACUUACCAAGCGUUGGAAGAGGCCGCGGGCUUUCAGUUUUAAAAUUACUUCAAGAAAAAUCUGAUUCUGAAGCUAAAUCUGAAGAAUGUGGUUCCACCACCACACUUGCUGCAGGGGAUAACACAGGGGUUGAUUCUGCCGUGUCAAAACUAAGUCUGACAAGCUCACUAGGCCGAGGUCAAACUGUUGGGUUGAUAGGUCGUGGGCAAGCUUUGUCGCCCCCAUUUCAACUGCAAGGUGCUGCUGGUCGUGGACAAAUGUCAUUUUUGUCAAAAGGACGAGGCUCUGCUUUACUUCAGGAGCUUGGUAUUGGUAAAUCAGCAGAAGCUCUAAAACCUUGUGAAAGUCUGCCCGUUGUAUUGAGAGAAAAGACACCAGAAGUUGAACUUAAAAAGCAGAAAACUUUAACCACUCAACCACAAUCAAUUGCUCAACCAUCAAUAACAUCACAGGAUAUCACUAAGGUGGAUGAGGUUGUUAAAUACCAUGGUCAAAGUGGUCGACGAAACGAUAUACGAGUUAACUGUGUUCGUGUGAAAUGCAUUAACCUUGCUGUAUAUCAAUACCAUGUCUCCUUUGAACCAGUGGUUGACAGCAGAAACAUGAGGUUUAUGUUGUUAAACCAGCAUCGAGAAGUUAUAGGAAACACAAAAGCCUUUGACGGGACCAUCCUCUAUUUACCAAUGAAGCUUGAGCUUAAUGAACUUCGUCUGAAAUCUAAGCGUGUCACAGAUGAAGCAGAUAUCGUUGUGUUGAUCAGGUUCACAAAAGCAAUUGAUCCUGCCUCUUCCCAGCUGAUACCUUUUUAUAACACAGUAUUGAAACGGUGUAUGAGACUCCUUGAUAUGUGCCCCGUUGGCCGAAACUAUUAUGACCCUACAUCUCCAAAAACCAUUGAAAAGCUGCAACUGAUUUUGUGGCCUGGGUAUGUCACUGCUAUCAAGAAAUUUGAGGAUGGUUUGAUGUUAAAUAUUGAUGUAUCGCAUAAGGUUCUGCGUCAGGAUACGGCCAAACAUGUAAUGGUUGAAGCCUACAAAAGAUCCCCAAACCAAUAUCGUGAUGCUUGUGUAAAGGAGUUAGUUGGAGCGAUUGUGCUUACGCGGUACAACAAUAAAAACUACCGUGUUGAUGAUAUAGCGUGGGACAUGACACCCUCAAGCUCUUUUACCAAUUCAAAAGGUGACAAGCUCACUUUUGUUGAAUACUACAAAGUUCAAUACAAAAUAGAAAUCACUGACUUGAAGCAACCAAUGUUGGUACAUCGACCUAAAAAGCAAACGCAGCGAGAUUUCAAGAGAAAUGAAGGGGAAGAUUAUUGCAUUUGUUUGGUCCCUGAGUUGUGCUACCUUACUGGAUUAUCCGAUAAGCUGAGAUCUGAUUUCCGAGCGAUGCGAGAGAUACGUGACAACACAUCCUUUGAUCCAACCCGACGAAAUGCUUGUCUGGAGGAGUUUCUUAAGCGAGUUAACAUGAACACCAAUGCAAAGAACGAACUACUCAGAUGGGGUCUUGAACUCGACAUGAAAACUUGCUCCACUUUUUCUCGCUCUCUUCCUUCUGAAAAGAUCAUGGUAGGAAGAAACCAAGUGUUCUCAUGCGGUCCAGAUGCAGAUUUUGGAAGAGAAGUUACGCGCUCACCUGUUAUUACUCCAAUCCCAAUUAAUAACUGGCUACUUGUUUUCGUAAAGAGAGAUUCGAACAAGGCUGAAAAUUUCUUUCAAAAGAUGAUGGAAUGUACAAGAAAGUUGGGGAUUGAUCUCAGCAAGCCCAGAUUUCUUCAAUUGAAUGAUGACAGAACAACAAGCUAUAAAGAUGCCAUCUCUCAAUCACUGAACCCAUCCACACAGCUGGUGGUGUGUAUAUUCCCUACUUCCCGUGAUGAUAGAUACAACGCCAUAAAGAAAUUAUGCUGCGUCGACAUGCCUGUCCCUUCGCAAGUCAUCAUUUCACGCACUUUACCCGAUGACGCAAAAAUGGGAAAGUUUCGGUCAGUGACAAUGAAAAUUGCUCUUCAGAUCAACUGUAAGCUUGGUGGGGAACUCUGGACAGUUGACAUCCCUCUUAAAGGACUUAUGGUUUGUGGGAUUGACGUUUAUCAUGAUCCAUUAAAAAGAGGAAAAUCUGUUGCAGCAUUUAUUGCAAGUUCUAACAGGUUAAUGUCUACUUGGUUUUCAAAAGCAAUCAUUCAACAACCUCACCAAGAGUUAAUCGAUAGUUUGAAACAGUGCUUUGUAAAUGCAUUGAAGAAUUACUAUGAGCUAAAUCAUGCUUUGCCAGAGCGUAUCGUUAUUUUCCGAGAUGGAGUCGGUGAUGGUCAACUAAACAUAGUGGCUGAACACGAAGUGGUUCAACUUCAAUCAUGUUUUGAAAUGUUCUCAAAGGUUAAGGGGGAUAAAUAUAACCCAAUGCUAACAGUUGUGGUAGUUUCUAAACGCAUCAACACAAAGUAUUUUUCACUUGAUUCGAAAGGUUUGUCUAAUCCCUGCCCAGGCUCUGUGUUAGAUCAUACUGUGACACGACCAAACUGGCCGGAUUACUUCUUGGUGUCUCAGCACGUAAGACAGGGUACCGUCUCACCUACACAUUACAUUGUAGUCAGUGGUCAUGAACAUUUAAAACCCGAUCACAUGCAACGUCUGUCAUAUAAACUCACACACAUGUACUACAACUGGCCAGGAACCGUAAGAGUGCCCGCACCUUGCCAAUAUGCUCAUAAACUUGCUUACCUUGUUGGUCAAAGCCUUGGGCAGCACCCUGCACCGCAACUUUGUAACAAGCUGUUUUAUUUAUAAUUGUGUAGCCGGUAUAUUAAAAUGUGUUACCGAUUUUUGAUGGUUUGCCUGUAUUUGCUUUCUAUGCCAGCAAAUUUUGUGUAAGUUAUCCAAAACAAGGCGUGCCAAAUUAUUGAAUAUAAGCUUCAGCCAUUUAAAAAACUGUUAUUUGGAGUUCAAAUUUUACCUGCUUCAAGUUUUUUUAACUGCCGAGUAACUACACACACACCAUAUUUAAUAUGCAUUGUUUUAUAAUUUUAAUACAUCGUGCUUUUUCAACAUUUUUAUCUCAAUGUCUUCUACAAUUUGCUUAAUGUUUAAUUCAAUAGUAUCAUUCAGUACAAAGUCAACAAUUCAAAACAUAACCAACAUUUUUCAUCAAAUGUAAAUGAGACAUGCUGUUAAAUAUAUGGGAACUUUAUUUAAUAAUGUGGUCGAAUGCAACAGUAUAACUGGACACUAAAACAUAAUGUCACUGCUGUAACUUUGUUGACUUUCAAUUGUCUGAACACAAACCGUUCCAUUUUCUAUUUCUUUGUUCGUUCUUUAUAUUUCACAGAUUGCAUGUUCGCAGCAUUUAUAAUUUAAAAUAUCAUUUGGACGAUUUUGCAAUAAUUUUUUUAUAGGUAAAAUUGCCAAUCCUAAUUUUAUGUCACCAAAUUUCUUUAUUGCAGAAGAGUUUCUCAAUUAACGCUAUGUUUAUAUAAUAUUUCAAAAUCUGUCACCUUGAAAAUACAAAAACAAGCAAGAUCUUUUUAAAGUUAUUUGGUAAUUUACGCUGGUUAUGCUAAAACCGGUACCAAGACAAUGGCUGCCGUGUUCAAUGAGUUCGGCUACAAUACGUACGACUUCUUUGAGAACUCGUUUUACCUCGGUAAGGAUUGGGUAAAAAUAAUCAACGAAGGUGGAACCGUGGAAGAUUUUCGAAGAAUGUACAAAGGUGUUGAUUCGCCAACUUUUAUUUUCUGGGAGGAAAUAUCAGAAGCUUACCCGGAAGCUAAGAUAAUCUUUUCUGUGCGGGAUGAAGAAUCCUGGCUUCGUAGUUUGGAGAAGCAAGUACAUUCUCAUGUGUCUGAACCGAAGUAUCUUUUAAUGCAAAUGCUCUCUUACUCAGGAUGGGGCCUCUUUAGGUUUACUCAAGCUACUGCUCUUGUGGUUAUCGGUGCCGCAAUAAAGUGGCCUUGGGGACCAGUAAAUUAUAACCCAACAUUAUGGAAGAGAAUUUAUAGGAAUCACAACAGCAACGUUCUGCAAAACGCACCAAAAGAUAAACUGUUGAUAGUCAACUUUAAAGACGGUUGGGGACCAAUCUGUGAAUUCCUGGGGGAGAAAGUUCCAGACAAGCCCUUCCCGCAUGCGAACAAGGGAGCAUCGCUUAUAAAGGAAUCGAUGGAAAGUCACCCGAUCGUGAUAAAAAUGCUCAGAGAGACAAUGUUUACUCUCGGAGUUCUUACUCUCAUUGGGGCGUAUGGUGGGUACAAGGUUUACCAAAACCCAGCAAGUAUAAGUGGUUGGUUCAAUAAUACGAUGAUAAGGUUUAAGUUCUGGUAACUCGUAAUCCUAAUUUUAAAAGCAGAGUCUCUAGGUUACAGUGUUAUAAUUUUUUGAAAGUUCUUUGUUUACUACCAAACGGGACGAGAAAAUAGAACGAAAAGGUGUCCCAUCUUCCCCACUCUACUAUAUAAAACUCCAAUACAUUAACAUCUGCCAGCUUUACUAGUAUUGUGCUUGUCAGGAACUUGAGAGCUCAAGUGUGUCUGCAUAAGUUGGUAAUUCAAAGUUCGUAGAUGUAUUGUUUGCAUUAAUUGUCUAGCUCUUUCUACGAAGUUAGAUUUGUUUACAUGUAGAAAUCAUAAAGGCCUUGUAGGCCUAUACUGCUUACUGUUUGUCAUUGUCAACUUAUUGUUCGCCAGUGCUGUAAAAUAAAACUGCUAUGGGCUAUAACGUA